AUGUCUCCAAUGGCCACUGGAACGGAUGAGCCCACCUGUGGUGACCUUCAUGAUUCAUCAGACUGUCCAUCCACUUCCUUGGUAUGUUAUGCGGAAAAGUUUGGGAACAAAAACUUCAACCAGGCCAGAGACAAUCAAAAUGCAGGAAGCAACAACAAUCAAAACCCUAGAGGAACCAUAGUGAAAGAUCAGAACCAUAAUCCACAAUGGAGACCACCCAUGAACCAGAGUCCACACAAUAAUCAGCAGCAGCAUUAUCAACAAUGCAGCAGAAAUGGAGCAUAUGAACCACAAAGAAGAACCAAUUAUGCCCCGUUCCAAAGAGAUGACCAACUCAUCAACACCCUAGAAAAUUAUGUCAGAGAAUAUGUCACCAGGAAUGAUGUUGUGGUCAGAAAUAUUGAAUCCCACCUACGAAAGAUAGCUGCUAGCCUUAACACCAGGACAAGGGAUGUCGACGUCCCCCCCAAAUUUCAACCAGAACAGAUCAAGGCAGUCACACUGAGAAGUUGGAGGAGUACUACUCAAACUGCAGCAGUUCCCAAGACCCCAACCCUAGCCACCAGGGAGGAACGUGACAAACCACCUGAGGCAUUGACAAAAGCAUCACCGCAAUCACCACAACAGGCAGCUGUCGAGCAGAACCUAGAACUUGAAGCUGAAGAAACCCCAGUGGACGAAAGUAGAACAAGCAGUUCACUACAAAACAAGCAAAUUCCAGUCAAAAUUAUGUUCCCCCAAAGAACAAAGAAGCAACAAGAUGAUAAGCAGUUUGGAAAUUUUUUGGAUAUUUUAAAACAACUCCACAUCAACAUACCUCUGGUGGAUGCACUGGAACAGAUGCCCAAGUAUGUCAAAUUCAUGAAGGACGUUCUCUCCAAAAAGAGAGGAAUAACAGAAUAUGAAACGGUGAAGAUGACACGAGAAAGCUACGAAUACUUGGGCAAACUCCCACCUAAGAUACAAGAUCCAGGAAGCUUCACCAUCCCUUGUGUAAUAGAGAACACUUACCAAGCUAAAGCCUUGUGUGACCUAGGGGCAAGCAUCAACCUCAUAUCGUCAUCAAUUUUUAAACAAUUAGCCACAGGACCAGAAAAACCAACCACGGUAACCUUACAGAUGGCAGAUAGAUCGAUUGUCAAACCAGAGGGGAAGGUGGAAGAUUUACUAGUCAAAGUAGAUAAAUUCAUCUUUCCCGCUGACUUCAUCAUCUUGGACUAUGAAGCUGAUAUAGACGUUCCCAUUAUCCUUGGACGAUCGUUCCUAGCAACUGGAACAGCGGUCAUCAAUGUGCAAAAAGGGGAACUUACUAUGAGAGUACAUGAUGAUGAGGUUAAAUUUAAUGUCAUCAAGGCAAUGAAAUUUCAUGAUGAGGAUGAAGAUCUGGAAGAAUGCUCUGCAAUCACUCUAGCAGAUAACCAGAUCAACAUAAACCCAGAAGUCGAAGAAAUGGUAGAAGGUUUGCAAAAAGAAGAACAAAAUUGUUACCUGCAAGAAAGGAAACCGGAACCUCUGCAGAUAACUGAACAAGAAAAACAAGUCAAAAAACCAUCUUCAGAACAACCUCCUGACUUGGAACUAAAACCUCUUCCUCAGCACGUGAAAUAUGCAUAUAUGGGAAGCAAUAACAUCCUGUCUGUCAUCAUCUCCUCACUUCUCACCAAGGAACAAGAAGAACUACCGAUCAGCAAGUUGAAGAAAUAUCAAGGAGCUAUUGGAUGGACCAUAGCAGACCUUAAAGGUAUCAGUCCUUCUUUCUGUAUGCAUAAAAUAUUAUUGACUGACCCUAACAGCUUUUCAGUAGAACACCAAAGAAGACUAAAUCCCAUCAUGAAGGAAGUGGUUAGAAAAGAAGUGAUUAAGUGGUUGGAUGCAGGGAUCAUAUAUCCCAUCUCAAAUAGUAGUUGGCUAACAGAUUGUUCUACAAUCGCUAUUUCAGCUACUAAGCCCAAUUCGAACGCGAAGAUGGUAGAAACCUGA